AUGGAGGAACAAUCAACGGUGGAGAACCAAGCUUCGGCGGCCACUGGUAGGAUAGGAACCAGGAGUCGCUUUUCUUUUAUGGAGCUUCCGACGGAGAUGCGCGUCAAGAUAUACAAAUACAUUCUCCUCGUCCAGGAGCCCUUGGUCAUUCACUCCGCAUAUAAAAAUAUUCCACCAGACUUCACUACCAAUUAUCCUCCAGUAGCCAUUCUUCAUACCUGUAAAGAUAUAAACCGAGAAGCAAUUCCCAUCUUCUACUCCAACAAACUAGUGAUAGCUCUACCACUCGGUCGCCCCUCUGGCACUAGUCGUCAAAGACCAGCCUUCUCGUUCGUAGACUAUCGGUGGACAACAAUAUCUCUCAUGAAAUCUCUUUCAUUUUUUAAUCAUGUCGACCCGCCACUAGAAGCUGUCUUUCCCUUCGACGCAAAUUUGGCAAACACGGUCCCUAACGCCACGUCCAACACCACCACCAGCGCUGACAUUGUUGCUAACCCAUCCGAGCAUCCCCCACCCACCUUCACGACAUCCGGCGGGGCAAUCAUUUCCCGCUUUGCCAUCUCAGACUUACGUUACAGUCCCGGUGGACCUGACUAUACCAUGGCCCUUUCGUUGUCGAAUUGGGUCAGUAUGAAGGUGACAAGGGCGGAACUGAAUGCUUUUGAGAGGGAGUUGGAGGGGAUGGCUGGGAUGUUUGGUCUGCCAUUCCCUCCAGCUUAA